GAAGGUACGUCGAGUACUGUAAAACGUACUACUUCCGGAUAUGUAAACCUAUCCUUUCUUUUUUUGUAGGUAGAGCGCUUGUAGUAAGGAGCCCUCAGCAAUACCGACAUCCAUUUUUAUCCGACUUCAUACGCAAAGCAACUGGACAUAUUUUGGAACGCGAUUUUAUCAUGUUUUGUAAAUGUGCUGCGGACUUUUUAAGAGCGCUGCGGCCCGCGCCUCCUCGGUUUGGAGUUUUAAAUCUGACCGCUCUAAACGCAUCUAUGUCGGCUAACAGAACGUCCUGGUCCCGCUGGACACAUAUGCGGGAAUCAAGUAACGCCGCCUGGACACCCAAGGUUCCUCAAGCACCCACAUGGGAGCCCGUAGCUGAAAAUCAACUACCACCGGCAACAAGAGUUUCACCAGAUUUAGUGGACAAGCUGGAGAGACUGGCGCUUGUUGAUUUCGGCAGUGAGGAAGGAGUGGACUGUCUGGAGAAAGCCAUCCGGUUUGCUGAUCAGCUUCAUGUCGUUAACACUGACGGUGUGGAACCAAUGGAUUCAGUUCUAGAGGACAGAGAGCUGUAUCUGAGAGAUGAUACCGUAACUGAGGGUGAAUGUGCCGAAGAGUUGCUCCAGCUGGCCAAACGCACAGUAGAGGAAUACUUUCUGGCACCUCCAGGAAACAUCCCACUCCCAAAAAGAGAAGAGAGAUCUGCUAUGCUUAAGGACUCCGAAUUUUGAUGUAAACGUAACACUGGCUCUGGCGUGCAUUAUAAUAAAUAUUUAUUUCAAAAUA